AUGAGGAGCAACCUCACAAAGGAGGAACGCCGUGCCAUCACCGAACUUCGCAAUGACCCGGACAUCACCAUCACGGAAGCCGACAAAGGAAAGGCAGUUGUAGUGAUGGACAGCCUAGUCAACAACGCCCUCAGUGACAACAACACCUAUAAGAUCCUUGACAAGGAUCCUACGGCCAAGCUUGAGCGGAAGCAUAAAAAACAACUCAAGACCCUCCAUAGCAACAAUGAGAUCAGCGAUGUCAUCUACAACAAACGCAACCCCAUAAACUCUCAGCAACCCUAUGCACGUGCCACCAUUAAAAUCCACAAAUCUCCUGUAAAAACUAGGAUACUGGUGUGUUCUCGUGGUUCUGUGUAUUAUGAUACUGCCCAGUUCUUGUCCAGGCUGUUAGCACCAUUAGGCAAAGAAGGACGCUCCUUCAUGAGUGACUCUUCCUCAUUUGUAGAAAAACUCAAGAACAUUGACACUGAUGGCACCAUGGUCAGUUAUGAUGUGGUAGAUCUUUUUACAAACAUUCCACUAGACGAAGCCCUGGACAUUCUGCACAUCAAUUGGCAGAACCAAAUAUACCAGCAAAUACAUGGCUUACCCAUAGGCUCUCCUCUGUCACCUGUCAUAACAGAGAUCUACAUGACCAACUUUGAAGAAGCUGCUCUCUCCAGCUCCCCCAUCAAACCCUUAUGCUGGUACUGGAAGGUUGAUGACACAUUCACCAUCCCGGAAAAGAGUCACGAUCCCUCCAUCCUUCUCAACCAUCUGAACAAACAAGACCAGCGUAUCCAUUUCACCAUGGAGACUGAGAAAGUUCAUCAACUCCCUUUCCUAGACAUCACCAUCCAGAACUCCAACAACCAGCUUAUCACUUCUGUCUACCGUAAGCCAACCCAUACUGACCAAUGCAUCCACCAUCACUCAAACCACCAUCCCCAGGUCAAGACAGCCAUCGUGUUUACGCUUGCAAGACGUGCCAAGAACAUCUGCAACACCUCCAAUAUACAACAAGAAUUAGCCCACCUCAAAUCUACCUUCAUCACCCUCAAUAGCUACCCGAGACACCCAGUAGAAACCACCAUCAAGAAAUUAUAA